CGUUGUCUAGCAGCAGGCGCUGGUGGCCAAUGAGGACCCGCAAAACUCUGCUCCAAAGAUCCGUUUGCUGAGCAACAGGGCGAAAAAAAAAAGAGGCCCGUCAAAGGCGCAUCACCACCAUGUCGCAUUCGGAGAGCCACGCAUCGCGGAACAAGCGGAGGAAGCUGGAUCGCGAUGAUGCCCCGUCUAGAGGAAGAAACGAGGAGAUCACCUCCCACCGCCAGCUGCGUGAGCUGCUGGUUUUCCAGCAAAACGCCACAGACUCCAAACACAGAGUGAACAAGUUCAAGGAGUUUUUGUUUUCAAUCGGCCAGGCCGAGAAUGAGCAAGACAAGGCGAAGAGACUUCGCGAGCUGAAGGCGUUCUGCGACUCGCAAAUCUCCCGCAAACGCUCCUCCAAGCAAGAGGGAGAGGAAGGGGAGGAGGAAGAUGUCAAGUGUUUCCCUGAUCUGCUCCAGAUGUGGAGCUUUGCCGAGAGCAGCAACAACGAGUCUCUGCUGACCGUGAUUCCGUCGACGCUGGCCAUCUUCAUUAAUACGAUCUCGAGCCAGCUGGAGUUUCGCGACUUUGGGCUGGCGCUGUGCAAGUGUCUGCUGCAGAAGGAUCAGCUGCGACUGUUGAACCGCGGGCUGACGGCCAUCAAGUCGAAGGAACAUCUGAUCUCGCCAUGCCUGCGCCUGCUGACGGAGGUGGUUGGCUUCGACGGUGGCGCCGUGGCACGCCUGCUCUACGCGAAGCGGGACAUCACCUUCAAGCGCAUUGAGGUGUAUCUCACGCCCAACAAGGCGCAAAUCGAGGAGGCGGCCGAGGACUCGAGGAAAUCGACGCUGCGCCGGAACGCUCAGAAGUACGUGCUUGCCAACCUGCGGUUUCAGCAUGUGUCGGCCAAGAGCGACAUCAUCGAACAGCACAAGGUCAUCCGGGCCUUCCUCGAACAUGUCCGGAAGGACCCGCGAGACAUGGUCCUCGACAUCCUCAAGGCGGUCGAUCGUGAUAUCGUCCAGGACGCGGCUCUGUCGCGGAGUGCCAAGACGAGGUUCUUCAGUCGCUGGAACCUGGAGCGCCUCGUCACCUUGUACGGGUACGACCGGGAGUCCGACGAACCGAGCUCGGAGGGGCCUUUGAUCGCCAACGAGGUGCACAAGCUACUGAUGAACAUCUGCCAAACACCCGGGCUGGGCGUUCUCCUACCCGACUCCGGCUGGUAUCCCACCGGCAGUGACCCGGAAACUCUCCCGACGGACGACGAUAGCUAUAUCGAGCUCGGGCUCGACUCGGCGGUCUACGUUGACCGAUACCGAGAGUCGGUGCCCGUUCGCAACGGGAAUCUGUCGCACAUCGCCCAGGUGCUCCGGCCUGAUAUGGACAACCUGCAGAUUGAGCUGCUGGUGACCAUCUUCAAGGCCGCGCCGGAGCUGGUCGCCGAUUUCUUCACCAAGAAGACCAUGUUCGUGUCGGAUCCGAAACCCACCUCCUCGUGGAUGGCCGAGUCGGCGUUCCUCUUCUCCACGGUUCAGCUGCCCGUCCCGACGAACUGUGGCUGGAAGGACAAGACACCUGCGAUGCCGCCCCCGGUCUCCGUCGUCAUCGAGAGCGUCCUCCCCCGCCCCCUGACGCACAAGAUCCUGACCCGGUGUCUGAACCAAAACACCGAGAUCGUCACCCUGUUCGCUGUCCGCCUGCUGACGGUGGCGUUCAAUAAGCUGAGCGCCGUGCUCAAGGUCUUCCGCGCCACCGAUCAUGGCCUUGGCCAGCCGUUUUGGAAUCAGGCCGCUACGAAGCUCGUGACCGAGUUCUGCCGUCGGUGCGCAGCCAUGAAGGAUGUGAUUCUCUUGUUCCGGCGGACCGCCAAGGAAGAUUUACAGCAACAAGAGGCCGUGACAGAACUGUUGGCGUGCUUCUACGAUGUGAUGCCAGACAUCGCCUUUGAAGAGGGCUUCGAUGUCUCGCUCGUGCUUGUGGACGUCCUGAAGAGACUGGAAACAGACGGUCUGAGUGCUGACGACUCGGAAUCGCUGAUCAGUCAAUUGCAACAUCUCAUGAAGAUCGCACAGCGGUCUGCAUCCAUGCGUUGGUGGCAGCAGCCUGCCACCAUGCAAUACUCUGCCUUUUCGUCAGUUUUCAAAGUUCUCGUUGCUACCUCUGAUAAAAACGCCACUCUCCCGAUCCAGAGUCUCCUUAGGAGUGUGUUGGUAGAGAAUUCCGUCAUUUAUGAUGCCCCUGCAUCGUUUGAGGCAUUGGUGUCAAGUCUGGAUGUUUCCGACUCUGCCUCGUUGCCCGGCCAGCUCGCUUUCCUCGACAACUGCGUCUGUCGGGUCGCGAAGAAGCCCGUUCACUACCAGGACCUGGUCCAUUCCAUGGCCACAAGCGACCUGCGAUCUGUCAGCCCUCUCGUGGCAGCCAUUGUGGAACAGUGGCCCUUUGUCGUUAAGAAUGGAGAUGAAGCGGUGGAAUCGGCGGUUGCCUCCUGGAUUGCUCGGUUCUUAGGGAAGUUAAAGCAUUCAGGCGAAGACCGCCACGCGUUGAAAAGGGCACGAGAUGAGCUGCUCGAUGCGACUGAGAGGAAGAAAACCAAGUCUGUUUUGAAGAAAGCCCUGAAAAAUACAGACCAAGUGGCAGACGGAGAAGAAGAAGAACAACAAGACGAUUCUGACGCCGACGAGAUGGAAAUUGAUGAGCCAGAGUCGAAGCGUGAAUUACCGACGGUCGACCUGGAGGAGAUCUUUGGGACCAUGCCCACCGAAGGCAAAACCCACAACGCCCUGCACCGAUGGGAGAAAGAGGAACUCGAGGCCGCUAUUGAGCAGGGUCGGAUUGCCGAGCUGAUGCUGUGUCUGUGUUCUUCGUACGAGGAAGUGCGACGCCAGGCGUUUGUGAAUAUCUCUCGCUUUAUGCUGAAGAUCAAGGAUUCAAACUACACUGAAUGGCGUACUGUCUACAUCCUCACCGGCGAACUGCUGGAAACCGUUCAAAGGCUCGGUCUUGAGACGCCCGUUCCGUGGGUUGUGGGCGAGUGUGCUGCCAGCUGUCUGGCGGUGCUGACGAACCCGAUGCACAAGCUGUACGGCAAAGUCAACAAGUUUCUCCAGAAGGCUCCGUCCUGGGAGGUCGAGAAGAUCCCUUCCUUCUGGAUCGACAAGAUCCUUCUUCACGAACCGGAGCUGGACGACGGAUACUUUGAAGAGGUGGGCUGGUUGUUGGAUCUCUUUCUCAAAGGACUCCGCACCGACAUUGAUAUGGAAAUCUACCGUCGGGCGAACGUGUUCGAGCGCCUUCUCUCCCUCUACGAGUCACCCACCGUGGGCGUCCCCGCUAAACGCAAGGUGCUCCAGCUGGUAUACCGCGCCUCCCAGGUAGGCGGGAGUGCCACGCUGGCGACCCGCGCCGCGAUCUUUGCCUGGAUCCAGAGCCAGAUCUCGCUCGUCAAGGAUCAGGAGGCCGCCACGGUCGCGGCGUUGGCCUCUGCCCUGUACCGGUCGGCGGACCAGGAGAGGCUGGCGAGCUGGAGCGGGGAGUCUCUGGCUCGUGUGGUGAAGCAAGUGACCUCUUAACUUGCUCCCUUGCUCUCUCAAUACCCAUCUACUCUCUAUAUCAUUGACUCAUACCACUUAUAUACUGAAGCUAGUCACUAGUCACUAGUUAAUCCAUGUACUCAGCUACGGUGUAUGACUCGUGAAAUUGUACCCGUAGAAAUAAAAACCAGAUAGCUGAAAUCAUUCAAAUCCUUCAAAUCCUAAUUUUCCACCUCAGUUUCUCCCUAAUCCAGCUCUAUUGGUGCUGUUUGUUCUCUUUCGGGCCCUCAUCAACUUCUUUCUGCUGCCCGCCCCGACCACGACUUUCUUCUCCCACCGCUCUCGACUUCCCCCCCCCC